AAACGUACCAGAAAUAGUAUGUGACUUUUAGUGAAUACCUUAUUAUAAUUUACAGAAACUAGCUAGGACAAAAAAAUAACGGUAAUUUCAAGACAAGUUAUGUGUUUUCUGUGAAAUCUCAUUCGUACACAUCUACAUCUACCUAAAAGUUUUUGAGUGACCCACUGAAACAUUUCAAAGAUCAAAAUGUGGUCACAAUCAAAAAGACAUAACUUCAAGAGUGAGUUAUGGAACGAAAGGUACAAAGAAAAAGAUACAGGUGCCAAAGCUGUAUACAUCGAUAUAGAAGAAGAAAAAGAGGAUGACGAUGACGGCAAAGAAUACUCGAAAUGGUCAGAAUUGCCCGAUUUACUUUUGGAAAAAAUAUUUUCUUACCUCGGCAUUAGGGAAAAGUACUAUGCGAGCUUGGUAUGUCGCAACUGGUACAGGGCGUUUCAUUUACCGUACGUAUGGAACCGCUUCAUUUUGCAAGACAACACUUUGACCAGAGCUAGGUUUAAUUACUAUUCCGGUUGGCAGUACGUUCUGGACCACCUUCGUUGCCAAAUGUGUCUCUCCACGGUGGGCAAGAACAUCAAAUACCUAACGAUAGAACCAAUGCUAAACUUUUAUAACUUGUACGAGUUCAUGAACAUGAUUUCGUGGUACACCGAACAACGCGAGGAAAAGGAAAACGUGGAAAUAGGCAUAGGCAGCAACAUACAAUCCUUAAAAUUCACCUUUCCCUGCAACAUGACGACCAGAGAGGACACUGAGAGGAUUCGCCUGUUUGGCACCGGCGGCAAACUCUUGGCCGCCUUAAAAAGACUCAUGGGCAACUUGAAAAAGUUGCAAUGGCUAGAACUGACGGAUUUAAUGCUAGAUCCCAAAGAAGCGCAAUACCUGUUGGACGAAGUUUGUGAAACUUGUUGUCUAACGCUUCGCAAUCUGCAUAUCGUCAAUACCACCAGGGUGCAGUACCAGAUGCUGCAUGUGGGAGUAUUUCUAAACUUGCGAGAGUUGAUUAUCAGUCCCCAAAACUUGGGCGAUGAUUUAGUCGAGUUGCUCAGCUUUACCAAGUUAAAACAUCUACACAUACUACAAAACAGGUAUACUCCGAACGAUAUCAAUAUCAAACCGGUGUCCCCACAAGUUUGGAAAAAGUGCCGACAAAAUAAUCCCACUUUAAGUGUUCACUUACAACUCGAAAGCGUAAAGGAGAAACCAAUUAUCUGGCAAGAAAACGCACCUGCGAGGACUGUUUUGUACGACUCGCCACAUAUCGGACUGAGAACAGACGCGUUGGUGACAACCAUUGAAUUUUACCAUGAACACUUGAGAAUAUACGGGCACAAGGGUAUCCCUAGGUUCCACAGGUCUAGAUCCUUCACAGAACGCAUAGACGAAAACUUGAUGAUGCUCGUGCGACAAUGCACAUACUUGUCUACCCUUGUUGUGACGGAACGAAUAUCUACGGCAACGGUUCUCCUUCUCGCUUACCACGGCAAAAACUUGAAAUGGCUGUUCAUCAGAGGGAACGCGGUUAUUAUAAAGACCGACUGGAAACAAGGUUCGGACUGGACUGAUGAAUUUUAUUCUUGGUUAAAAGUCAAUAGUCGGUCAUAUGCUUUAGUCGAAAAAGAGGUUUCCCAGAUAUUUGGGUACAAAUGGAAAUUUCUCACAGAUAAAGAAUUUUUGAGACUGAACGUAAAUUUGCACGAUUAUUAAACUGUUAUGAUGAAUUAUGCUCAUUAAAAACAAAUUCUAUUUUGUGAGGAACUUUUGAAAGGGACAAAGAAUGAUCCUGGAUACACACACAGAAAAUUGUUUGGAUCGAGCAAACUCAGACACAGACAAGUUUUGUUUACCAUGAAUCCGAACAAAAAUUAAAAAUUUUAAUCAUUCGUUCAGCACGAAAUCAUUCACCAUUUAUUAACGAAAGUGAAAAUGUGCAUUAAAACUAUUUUAGUAAAAGUAAAUUUAAGCAAAUUCAAUGCCGAUUAAUAUUAAGAAUUGGUACUGGUGAUUAUGUUAACAUGGAAGGAAGAAUCAUUCAGAUUUUUUAUUUAACCUUUUAUUGUACAAGUACAAGUGUAAAGUAUUUAAAAAAUUAUGCCACAAAAAAUUUUGCUGACAAAUAUCAUGCAUCUCUACAACUUAAGAGACAUGAUUUAAACUAAAUGGAAUGUGUUUUUUUUUUCACUGCAAACCUACUUGCAUUUUAUCGAUAUAUUUUUUAGACAAGUACGAUUUUCUGAAUAGCUUGUGAUGCAAUACGCAGAUUAGUUUUAAGUAAUUUAUUACAUGAAUUAAAAUUGUGAAAUAAAUUGUUUAUAUAUUAAAUAAAGAAAUAUUUAAAACAUGCUUCUUUGUUUAAAUCAUAAUUUCACUGAAGCAACAAAAAUUGCAAUAAUAGCUAGAACUGUUUGCUUUUAAGCACAAUAUAAUUUACUUCACCAAAUAUCGCCCAACAUUACACAAAAAUAUAACAAGACAUUAUUGAAACUCGGCAAAAAAAUUAAAAGACCAGAAAAAUUUCCAAUUUUUU